CCAUCUCUCCUCUUUAUAUAUAUCGCCCCUCUCAUACUUUGCAAAGGAAAAAAUAAUUAAAACUCUUCCCUCUUUUUCACACUCUCUCUCUCUUUCUCUCUCCAUACUCUAUGAUCAUGGGGGACUCUUCAUCAACUUCCUAUAUUCGAAUGGUGCAACACCUCAUUGAGAAGUGCCUUCUCUUCCACAUGAACAAGGAAGAGUGCUUGGAAGCCCUAGACAAGCAUGCUAAUAUCGAACCUGUUAUCACUUCCACUGUGUGGACGGAGUUGGAGAAGGAGAACAAGGAGUUCUUCGAGGCGUACGCGAAGGAGAGGGAGGAGCGCGCAUCGGAGAUGGAGGCAAUGCAGCGGAUCCAGAACGCACUCUCCGAGGCUGCCUCGAGAGAUCCCGACGAGCACCACUAGAUCGAUCCGACCGGUCUCCAUCUCCAACGCCGCCCUUCGCAAUCCACAAUUCUAGCUCUCUCUAUAUUUAGUAGUGGCAAUCUCUAUAAACUCCCCCCCUAAUGAAAAGGGUAGGGAAUUAAGUAACUGUAAUGUUAGGGGAAAAGCAAAAAAAAAUCUAUCAGAUCGCGUCUGAGUGUAUCAAAUAACACUCGUUACUAAACGUAAAGUAACGUAGAUAUUAUCCAACAACAUAUAAAUGAGCGCAUAUAUCUCACUUAAAAUGCGUCUAAUAAAAUUCUUUUGUGCCUUGUAAUAGGUAAAAAGAAUUUAUCAGACGUGUGUGAGUGAAAUGAAUAAUUGUUUAAUGUUGGAGGAUAUUGUUAAAGAUGUUUUGAGAUUUGUGCCGAGUGUUAUUUGACACUAAAAAUAAGAAGCAUCUCACAUUCUCACUUAGACACGUUUGAUAAAAUUUUUUUUUGAAAUUUGAUUUAAUUUUGGGUGGCGGCUAAAAGAGCCGUUUUGUGUGAGGGGUGUGGAAUGUGAGAUGGGGACACGGGGGAGCGUUCUUUUUAAUGUACAGGUGGCAUCACCAGAUGUGUCCUUUUAUAAUGACGUGUAAAAUCGACGACUAUAUUAGCCUUGUAAUAAUAACACGUGGCGUUUUAUGAGGCGCUUUCGUUUAA